CAUCACAGUAUAUACCUAGACAUACAGAUAUAUGUAAGUCUAUAUGGAUUAAGUGUUUGAGUUUGUGGGAUUUCAGUUGUUGAGUUCUGUGUUUUAGGUCAAAAGGGUUUGUUUAAUUUCCGAAAGGGUCAUUCAUGCUAUGAAUCUGAGGCAGCGGCCAGUCCCCACGCGCGGCCGGGGUACACCCCACGCGCCGCCGCGUCCGAGGUUUGAGGAGGUUUAUAAUAUAAUACCUGUGCACAACUUGAUAGCUGACCAUCCUUCACUAAGGUACCCUGAGAUACGCGCCGCCGCCGCUUCACUACGCGCCGUCGGAGGGAUUCGGAAGCCACCCUUUGCACAGUGGACUGAUGAUAUGGACUUGAUGGACUUGUUGGGUGCUUAUUUUGGGUUUCAAAGAGAUAAUGUGAGGAACCAAAGAGAGCAUUUAGUGCUUCAUCUGGCUAAUUCUCAAAUGAGUUUGGAACCUCCUCCUUCUGCUGCUGAUGUUUUGGACCCUGGUGUGCUUCGAAACUUUCGAAAGAAGCUGCUGAAGAACUACACCUCAUGGUGUUCUUAUUUGAGGUUGAAAUCUGAAGUAAGGCUGCACUUGGGGAGACAGAAUCCUGAGGUGUAUCGGAGGGAAUUAUUGUAUGUAUGUCUCUAUCUUUUGAUUUGGGGUGAAGCGGGGAAUCUCCGCUUCAUGCCGGAAUGUUUGUGUUAUCUUUAUCAUAAUAUGGCUCGUGAGUUGAAUCAGAUUUUAGAUGAUGAUUUUAUUGAUGAAAAUACUGGUAGACCUUUUGUGCCUUCUGUACAUGGUGAAAAUGCAUUUCUGUGUCAUGUUAUUAUACCUAUUUAUGAGACCAUUAAGGGUGAAGUUGAUAGGAGUAGAAAUGGGACUGCCCCGCAUUCUGCUUGGCGAAAUUAUGAUGAUUUAAAUGAAUUUUUUUGGAGUAGGAAGUGUUUUAAGAGUUUGAAAUGGCCUAUUGAUCUUUCCAGUAAUUUUUUCUUGCAUGGUGAGGAUGAUAAGAGGGUAGGGGUGAGGACUAGGAGAAUAGGGAAGACGGGGUUUGUGGAGCAGAGGACAUUCUGGAACUUGUUUAGGAGUUUUGAUAGGUUGUGGGUAAUGUUGAUUUUGAUGUUUCAAGCUUCUAUGAUUGUUGCUUGGGAAGGUACACGGUAUCCGUGGCAGGCAUUGAAGAAAGAUCAUGUGCAAGUGGAGGUUCUUACUAUUUUCAUUACGUGGGCUGGUCUCCGAGUUAUUCAAGCUAUUCUUGAUGCUGGUACUCAGUAUAGUUUAGUUAGGGAAAGAAGGUGGCUUCUUGUGAGAAUGGUUUUGAAAACUUUGGUUGCUGUUACCUGGACUAGUGUGUUUUCUGUAUUUUAUGGAUUGAUUUGGUACCAAAAGAAUUCUGAUGGGUGGUGGUCUGAUGCGGCAAAUGAGAAAAUCUAUAUGUUUCUUAAGGCUGCACUAGUGUAUAUAAUCCCAGAGUUGCUUGCCCUGCUUCUAUUUAUCAUUCCAUUUGUUCGGAAUUUUGUGGAGAAAACGAAUUGGCGAAUUUUCAACCUGGUGACAUGGUGGUUUCAGUCACGAACCUUUGUUGGUCGUGGACUAAGGGAAGGACUAGUUGAUAACAUUAAGUACACAAUGUUCUGGAUUUUGGUACUUGCUUCAAAAUUCUCAUUCAGUUACUUUCUUCAGAUUAAGCCCCUGGUUGAUCCGACAAAAACUCUUCUAAAAAUGAAAGGUGUACAUUACAACUGGCAUGAGUUUUUCAGUAAUACCAACAGAAUUGCGGUAGUUCUAUUGUGGGCUCCAGUCAUCUUAAUUUAUUUAGUUGACCUACAAAUCUGGUAUGCAGUUUUUUCAUCUAUUUAUGGAGCAGCAGUUGGACUAUUCUCUCAUUUAGGAGAGAUUCGAAAUUUUGGUCAGCUAAGGCUCAGGUUCCAGUUCUUUGCAAGUGCAUUACAAUUUAAUCUGAUGCCAGAUGACCAGCCCAUGACUUUGAAGGACACCUUACUCCACAAGCUUCGUGAUGCAGUUGAGCGUGUGAAGCUACGAUAUGGACUUGGGCAACCCUACAAGAAGAUGGAAUCAAGCCAAGUUGAAGCUGCUAGGUUUGCCUUGAUAUGGAAUGAAAUAAUCAUUACCUUGAGGGAAGAAGAUCUUAUUAGCGAUCGUGAACUGGAACUAAUGGAACUGCCACCUAACUGUUGGGAUAUAAAUGUUAUUCGAUGGCCAUGUUGUUUCCUAUGCAAUGAGCUGCUCCUCGCACUUCUCCAGGCAAGUGAACUUGGGGAUGCACCUGAUAGGUGGAUAUGGUUUAAGAUAUGCAGAAAUGAGUACAGGCGAAGUGCAGUCAUUGAAGCAUAUGAUAGCAUUAAGUACAUACUUCUUGAGAUAGUCAAAUAUGGUUCAGAAGAGCACACUAUUGUCACAAAGUUCUUUAUGGAGAUUGAGAACUGCAUUCAGAUUGAAAAGUUCACAUCGGCCUUCAAGACGACUGUCCUACCUAAAAUCCACAAACAGUUAACAUCUCUCAUUGAACUUCUGAUAAAGCCUGAGAAAAACAUUAAUAAGGUAGUAGAUGUACUACAGGCAUUGUAUGAGAUUUCUAUUCGAGAAUUUCCAAAACAAAAGAAGUCCAUGUUACAAUUGCGGCAAGAAGGUUUGGCAUGUUCACAUCAGGGAAAUGAUGUGGGGCUGCCAUUUGAAAAUGCUGUUGAUCUAUCUAAUGUUGAGGAUGCAUUAUUUAUAAGGCAGCUGCGACGUUUGCAUACAAUCCUUACUUCUAGAGACUGGAUGCUUAAUGUCCCGAAGAAUAUUGAAGCAAGAAGACGUGUCGCCUUUUUCAGCAAUUCCCUCUUUAUGAACAUUCCACGUGCCCCUCAGGUUGAGAAAAUGAUGGCUUUUAGCGUCCUCACGCCUUAUUAUGAUGAAGAGGUAAUCUAUGGAAAAGAAAAUCUUAGAAGUCCGAAUGAAGAUGGCAUUUCUACCUUGUUUUAUCUGCAGAAGAUAUAUGAAGACGAAUGGGUGCAUUUCAUGGAGAGAAUGCAAAGAGAAGGAAUGCAGAAUGCUGAAGAAAUCUGGACAGAGAAGUCAAGGGAUCUCCGCCUCUGGGUAUCAUACAGAGGGCAGACUCUCUCACGUACCGUAAGGGGAAUGAUGUAUUACUAUAGGGCACUUAAGAUGCUUGCUUAUCUUGACGGUGCAUCUGAGAUAGAUAUUCGACAGGGGUCACAAGAAAUUGCAAAUUGGGGUUCUCGGCGUCAGACAGGAAGUUUGGGUGGUCUAGGCAGUGGUAUGCCACCAGCUUCACGAAAUCUCAACAGGGCCGCUAGUGGGGUAAGUGUCCUGCUUAAAGGCAAUGAGUUCGGGUGUGCUAUGAUAAAAUUCACGUAUGUGAUUGCAUGUCAGAUGUAUGGAGUUCACAAGAAAAUGAAAAAUUCACGUGCUGAGGAUAUAUUGUAUCUGAUGAAAAACAAUGAGGCACUUCGUGUUGCUUAUGUUGAUGAGGUUGUCUUGAGGAGAGAUGAAGUCGAGUAUUACUCUGUUCUUGUAAAAUUUGAUCAGCAACUAAAGAAAGAGGUGGAGAUCUAUCGCAUUAGGUUGCCUGGUCCUCUGAAGCUCGGGGAAGGAAAACCAGAGAAUCAGAACCAUGCCAUCAUCUUCACGAGAGGUGAUGCGCUUCAGACGAUUGAUAUGAACCAAGACAGUUAUUUUGAGGAAGCACUUAAGAUGCGUAAUCUGUUGGAGGAAUUUAAAAAAUGUUAUGGUGUUCGGAAGCCAACAAUAUUGGGAGUUCGAGAAAAUAUCUUUACAGGCUCUGUCUCUUCACUUGCUUGGUUCAUGUCUGCUCAGGAGACGAGCUUUGUAACACUGGGACAGCGAGUUUUGGCAAACCCGCUUAAAGUACGGAUGCACUAUGGUCAUCCAGAUGUUUUCGACAGGUUCUGGUUCAUUACUCGUGGUGGCAUUAGCAAAGCUUCCAGGGUGAUCAAUAUUAGUGAGGAUAUAUUUGCUGGUUUUAACUGCACACUACGAGGUGGCAACGUGACACAUCAUGAGUACAUACAAGUGGGUAAAGGAAGGGAUGUUGGUUUAAAUCAGAUCUCUAUGUUUGAAGCUAAAGUUGCCAGUGGGAAUGGUGAACAAAUCUUGAGUAGAGAUGUAUAUAGGUUAGGUCAUAGACUUGACUUCUUCCGAAUGCUCUCAUUCUUCUAUACAACUGUGGGGUUUUUCUUCAACACAAUGAUGGUUGUUGUGAUGGUGUAUACAUUUUUGUGGGGUCGUCUAUAUCUUGCACUUAGUGGUGUUGAAGGAUCAGCGAAAGACGACGUUACCAAUAAUAAAUCCCUCGGUGCAAUUUUAGAUCAGCAGUUCAUUAUCCAGAUGGGUAUAUUCACCGCCCUUCCGAUGGUUGUGGAGAAUUCUCUAGAGCAUGGAUUCCUUCCAGCAGUAUGGGAUUUUAUAACAAUGCAGUUGCAGCUUGGCUCAGUCUUCUAUACUUUCUCGAUGGGCACUCGUACACAUUUUUUCGGAAGGACUAUUCUUCAUGGGGGUGCCAAGUACAGGGCUACGGGACGUGGUUUUGUUGUGCAACACAAGAGCUUUGCUGAAAACUAUAGACUGUAUGCUCGUAGCCAUUUUGUGAAAGCAAUUGAAUUGGGGGUAAUUCUCAUAGUGUAUGCUACACAUAGCCCAUUGGCUACAAACACCUUUGUUUACAUAGUUCUAAACAUCUCUAGUUGGUUUCUUGUUGUGUCGUGGAUAAUGGCCCCUUUUGUAUUUAACCCAUCAGGCUUUGAUUGGUUAAAGACUGUCUAUGAUUUUGGAGACUUUAUGAAAUGGAUAUGGUGUGAGCGUGGACUUCUUUCAAAAGCGGAUGAGAGCUGGGAAACAUGGUGGUAUGAAGAACAAGACCAUUUAAGAACAACUGGGCUAUGGGGAAAGCUGUUGGAAAUUAUCUUAGAUCUCCGUUUCUUUUUCUUUCAGUAUGGCAUUGUCUACCAACUGAAAAUUACUGGUUCUAACACAAGUAUUGGUGUUUACUUGCUGUCCUGGGUCUAUGUAGUUGCAGUUGUUGCGGUUUACAUAGCCAUCGCAUAUGCUCAAGAUAAAUAUGCAGCAAAAGAUCACAUUUACUAUCGCCUGAUUCAACUUCUUGUCAUUCUCGUCGUAGUACUUGUAAUUACUCUAAUGCUGCAGCUCACUCCCUUCAAUCUGAAUGAUUUUCUUACAAGCUUGUUGGCCAUUCUCCCUACGGGAUGGGGUAUUAUAUUGAUUGCCCAGGUGCUCAGGCCUUUUUUGCAGUCCACUGUGGCUUGGGACACUGUUGUGUCCUUGGCUCGGGUUUAUGAAGUUCUUCUUGGGGUCAUAAUAAUGGCACCUUUAGCUUUCCUUUCGUGGAUGCCUGGAUUUCAGGCAAUGCAGACAAGGAUCUUGUUUAAUGAAGCUUUCAGCAGGGGGCUUCAGAUAUCUCGCAUUCUUACUGGGAAGAAGCUAAACCUUGAUAACUGAGGUUCUGCUAGAUAUUCUAGUGUAGGACAUUAAGCAGAUCUUAUGGCACAGUGGCGUUGACGUCCAAGGAAUAAUGCAGCUGUGACAGAGAACUUGACAAUGAAUGGAUGAAAGCAUGAAGUCUUUUGAUCCCCAAUCUGUGUUCUAUCCCACUGUAUUAAGUGAUAUUCUUCAGCGCAAUACUGUAAUCUCUUUAACAAUAUGAGUUCAUUUUUUGACUAUUCCUCUGUACAUAUUGUCCAUAUGGAAUUUUGCAUUUUCAGAGGGAUCAAGGAAAUUUUUCAUUCA